CAGUCAGAGCUUCAUCUCUGUUAAUUCUGUUAAAAGCUCCACCAGGUUGAUUUCAAUCUCACUCUCAUUUGAUCAAAACCUUAAGCUUCUGCACUAUUACGUAGGGUUCCACCAGCAGAACUCAGAGAUGGGUCACUCUCUAUCUCCUUCAUCACCCUUUCUCUCGGCUGAUAGUUGCUGUCACUUGCGACGUUGCGAGUUCUCUAGCUUCUUCUAUUUGAAUCCAAUUACGAAUUUUCAAAUGUCAAGGCAUCGACGAACAUAUCUCUCUGUAUCUGUCGCCGAGAGGAAGCUCGAAGCAUCUUGGUUGUUUCCAGACGGGAAAAAGGACGAUGACUAUGGUGGUUGGGCGAUUCCGGCCGACCAAAUCAACGAGAAGAAAGGUCUAUCACCAUUCCUCUUAGCGGGCAUUGGGACUACAGUUGUGAUCAUACUCUCCGCCCUUGCUCAUCGCUCACUCUCCAGAAAAGGUUUUAAGUUUCCAUUAAACAUUCAAUUGCAUGCUUUGCAAGAAGUGUUAAAACCUUCUGAACCGAAAGCUUCUGAGGAAAAUAUCGUGAUUUCCGGGGCAAGCCCAGAAGAGCAAGCAUCUGAUGAAAUUAGUGAAACCCAAGCCUCAGCAUUGACGCCAAAGCUCCAACGCAUUGUCGUCCCUAUGGCUGUGGAUUCUUCUCAACAGGAAGCUCUUCUGCUGUUGAAGAAACUGAAGAUUAUUGAAGAUGAUGUCAAGGCAGAUGAGUUGUGUACCAGAAGGGAAUAUGCAAGAUGGUUAGUCAGAGAAAAUUCGUUACUAGAAAGGGAUCCAAAACACCGUGCUGUUCCAUCUGUCUUGCUUGCUGGUUCUGUUGCAUGUGCAUUUGAUGAUGUGAGCAUCGAAGACCCAGACUUCUACUACAUUCAAGCCCUUGCAGAGGCUGGCAUUGUUCUAAGCAAGCUAUCGGGCAGUAACAACAGAUUCUCUGAUCAGGAUGGUUUCAAAGGCCAAGAAGAGAAUCAUUUUUUCCCUGAUAGAUUUGUAUCACGACUUGAUCUAAUUGACUGGAAAGCUCAGCUAGAAUAUUCGUCCAUUGAAGGAAUAGAAAAGAAGAUAUCAAGAACAAAACCUGGUUUUAUGGAUGUGAGGGGGAUCAGACCUGACAGAACCCCGGGGUUAUUCCUGGACAUUUUGGCUGGUGACAAGGGCAUGUUGAGAAAAGUUUUUGGACAGAUCAAACGACUUCAACCUAGGAAACCUGCAACAAUAGCUCAAGCAGCAGUGACACUGACAAGUGGCAGGAUGACCGAAGCAAUUUAUAAUGAACUAUCAAGGAUAGAAGCUGAGAAUACAUUGAGGGCGGCGGAGAUGGAACAAAUCAAGGCUGAGCUGCUUGGCAAGGGAGAAAUACAAAAGUUUUGGGACGAGAAGAUGAAUGACGAGAAAGCCCGUGAUUUCCUUGUGGAAAGGGAUUUUCUUGCUGCAGUUCAUGAUUUAGAACAGGAAAAGAUUGUUCAAGAUAAGCACAUGGCCCGACAUUUGAAGGAGAAGGCAGCGCUGGACUGUCAGAGGCAAUUGCUUUCCAGUCUCAAGGAAGAGGUAAAUGAGAUGUCUGAAAGACUUGGAUGUGAGAAAGCUAGUUUGAUUACCGAGAAACAGACCUUAGAGGAUAUGCUCAAUGAGCUACAGGCCAACCAGGAAGCCAUGCUUGAUGCCAAAUCUAUACUUGAAGCUGAGAAAGAAGCUGUCCAGAUUCUUAGGUCUUGGGUUGAGGACGAAGCGAAGAAAAAUCAAGCACGUGCAAAGGUUCUUGAGGAGGUUGGUCGGAGGUGGAAAUGGGGUGACCAAGCGUGAAUGUUUGGCCACAUGCUGUCCUGAAAGUGGAUUAGGGAGUUGCAAUAAGCCAGGCCCAUGAGGGUGUUGGGAAGUGACCAAACUUGAUCCUUCCGAUUAGUGAGAUGCCAUGAUUAGCUUCACACAUUGUUUCAUUUAUUUCAUUUUAUUUAACAUCAUAUCAAACCAAAUUGGGGGAAGAAAAGAGUAGAAAAUCACCCUGUACCUUGUUAAUGUUGUAAUUUUUUAGGUUAUCAAUAUAGGAAUUGAAAGAAAACGGAAGGAUGCUUCUUAGUGUUCUGAGAUGCCCUAUCCACAUUUUGUUUGGAUUAAAUGUAUUGAACAGGGGGUGUUUUUAGUUCC